UACCACCUGAUUUUUGCCUUCAACUUUCUUUAUUUUUCUUUUAUUUUUCCUGCAUGUUUCAUCCGAACCAGUCCGGCUCGGAUUAGCGUGGGUAGAAAAAAAUUUGUGGUCCGCACUUGGAUGGACGGGGUGGGCGGCGAUUGAGGGUUAGGUGGGGCGCAUGACCGAGUGAGAAUAAAGUCUUUCCUUUACAUCCACACUCUACUUUCAGUGUAAAAGAAAGUCAAGAUGGAUGAACUUUACUAUUGAGGAGAUCCGCGGUUUGAUGGACAAGGUUACGAACGUUCGUAACAUGUCCGUCAUUGCUCACGUCGAUCACGGCAAGUCUACCUUGACUGAUUCCUUGGUCUCCAAGGCCGGUAUUAUCUCUGCUGGUCGUGCUGGUGACACCCGUUUCAUGGAUACCCGUAAGGAUGAACAGGAACGUGGUAUUACUAUCAAGUCUACCGCCAUUUCCAUGUACUUCGAAAUGGAAAACCCUGAGGAUAUUAACGAAAUCAAGGGUCAGAAGGUCGAUGGUCACUCUUUCUUGAUCAACUUGAUCGAUUCUCCUGGUCACGUUGACUUCUCCUCUGAAGUUACUGCUGCUCUCCGUGUCACCGAUGGUGCUCUUGUUGUCGUCGACUGUAUCGACGGUGUCUGUGUCCAGACUGAAACUGUCUUGCGUCAGGCUUUGACCGAACGUAUCAAGCCCGUCGUUGUCAUCAACAAGGUCGAUCGUGCUCUUCUCGAACUCCAAUUGAGCAAGGAAGAAUUGUACAGCACCUUCUCCCGUACCAUUGAAUCCGUCAACGUCAUCAUCUCCACUUACGUCGAUGAGGCUCUUGGUGAUGUCCAGGUCUUCCCCGAAAAGGGUACCGUUGCUUUCGCCUCCGGUCUUCACGGUUGGGGUUUCACCCUCCGUCAGUUCGCUCAGCGUUACUCCAAGAAGUUCGGUGUUGACAAGGAGAAGAUGAUGGUCAAGUUGUGGGGUGAGAACUACUUCAACCCUGCCACCAAGAAGUGGACCACCAAGUCCACCGAUGCCAAGGGCAAGCCUCUUGAACGUGCUUUCAACAUGUUCGUCUUGGACCCCAUCUUCAGAAUCUUUGACAGUGUCAUGAACUUCAAGAAGGAUCAGAUCCCCACUCUCUUGGAGAAGUUGGAUGUCCAACUCAAGAACGACGAAAAGGAUCUCGAGGGUAAGCAGCUCCUCAAGGUCAUCAUGCGCAAGUUCUUGCCCGCCGGUGAUGCUCUCUUGGAGAUGAUCUGUAUUCACUUGCCUUCCCCCGUCACUGCCCAGCGUUACCGUUUGGUCAACUUGUACGAAGGUCCCACCGAUGACGAGUGCGCUAUCGGUAUCCGUGACUGUGACCCCAACGCCCCUCUUAUGCUCUACGUUUCCAAGAUGGUGCCCACUUCCGAUAAGGGUCGUUUCUACGCUUUCGGUCGUGUCUUCUCUGGUACCGUCCGUGCUGGUAUGAAGGUCCGUAUCCAGGGUCCCAACUACGUCCCCGGUACCAAGACCGAUAUGUCCAUCAAGUCCAUUCAGCGUACUGUUCUCAUGAUGGGUCGUAACGUCGAAGCUAUCGAUGACUGCCCUGCUGGUAACAUCAUUGGUCUUGUCGGUGUUGAUCAGUUCUUGGUCAAGUCCGGUACCAUCACCACCUCCGAAGUCGCUCACAACAUGAAGGUCAUGAAGUUCUCUGUCUCUCCUGUCGUGCAGGUUGCCGUCGAUGUCAAGAACGCCAACGAUCUUCCCAAGCUCGUCGAAGGUCUCAAGCGUCUUGCCAAGUCCGAUCCUUGUGUCUUGACCUACACUUCCGACUCUGGUGAACAUAUUGUUGCCGGUGCUGGUGAACUUCACUUGGAAAUUUGCUUGAAGGAUCUUGAAGAAGAUCACGCUCAGGUUCCCCUCAAGACUGGUGACCCCGUCGUCCAGUACCGUGAAACCGUCACUGCCGAGUCCUCCAUGGACUGUUUGUCCAAGUCUCCCAACAAGCAUAACCGUAUCUUCAUGAGAGCUAUGCCUUUGAAUGCUGAACUCGCCGAUGAGAUUGAAGCUGGCAAGAUCUCUCCCAAGGACGAUUUCAAGGCUCGUGCUCGUGUCCUUGCUGACAAAUACGAAUGGGAUGUCACUGAAGCCCGUAAGAUCUGGUGUUUCGGUCCCGACGGUACUGGUCCUAACGUCAUGGUCGAUACCACCAAGGCUGUCCAGUUCUUGAACGAAAUCAAGGAUUCUUGUGUUGCCGCCUUCCAGUGGGCUACCAAGGAAGGUCCCCUUGCCGAAGAAAACUUGCGUGCCUGUCGUUUCAACAUUUUGGAUGUUGUUCUUCACGCUGAUGCUAUCCACAGAGGUGGUGGACAGAUCAUCCCUACUUGCCGUCGUGUCGUCUAUGCUUCCGUCUUGACCGCUACCCCCGGUAUCCAGGAACCCGUCUACUUGGUCGAAAUUCAGUGCCCCGACUCUGUCAUUGGUGGUAUCUACUCUUGCCUUAACAAGCGUCGUGGUCAGGUCUUCUCCGAAGAACAGCGCCCCGGUACUCCCAUGAUGGCUGUCAAGGCCUACUUGCCUGUCAACGAAUCUUUCGGUUUCACUGCCGAUCUUCGUGCCGCCACCGGUGGUCAGGCUUUCCCUCAAGCUGUGUUCGAUCACUGGCAGGAAAUGUCCGGCAACCCUCUUGAAGCCGGUAACAAGGUCUACGAUAUUAUCCGUGCCGUCCGUAAGAGAAAGGGUCUCGUCGAAGAUAUCCCUGGUCUCGACAGAUACUACGAUAAGCUUUAAACGGACUACAUCCGCGCGUCAAUUGUCGCCGCAUUUCUCCAAAGAUGGGCCUCUUUCCACUCUCAAAAUGUUGUCCCAUUUUGUUCCAAUUGUAAAGAAAUAAUAAAACUUGAAUUAUCAUCUUGAUUUUACUCGUAAAAAAAA